CUCCCACUCUCUCUCCCGCUGUCAGUCGGUGGCGCGGAGCGGCUGCUGCCCGGGUGCCGAGCGGCGGCCGGAGUCCUCGGGCUGCCCCGGGUGUGGGGUCAAUGGGCGCCGCCUGCCCCGGAGGCUGAGACACGCGGCAUGGCGCGGUGAGCAGAGCCGGGAUCCGGGAGAUGGGGACGUCCGCCUCCUCCAUCGCCGCCGACACGGAGGCACGGGCCGGCCUCUCAGCCUCGGUGCCCCCGCUCUGGGCACCCGCGGUGUUCAACGCCCGCAGUCGCCAGCUCCAGCUGCCGAGGAGCCGCAGCAGAUAUGCGGGGACACUGCACUUCACGUCCACAGAGCGACCCAUUGCCCCGGUAGGCAGGAUUGCUGCCUUUCACACAGCAAGUGCUGUGCGACAGCCCGGCGAUAUGGCAACGAGGAGCGAGUGGCCGUGCACCCGCUGCACCCUCCUCAACCCCAGCGUGUUGCGGCAGUGCUCCAUCUGCGAGGCCCCGAGGGAGCGGCCCGACUUCAGCGACAUCCUGCGCCUCAGCACCGAGGAGCAGCAGUGGCCCUGCUCCCGCUGCACCUUCAGGAACUCCAUGCACAAGGGGCAGUGCGACGUGUGCGACUCGCCGCAGACCCCAACGCCGCCCAUGCCUCCCCUCGCCGCCUCCAACGGCCUCUCUCUGGGCCUGGCGGCGGCGGCGGAGCAACGGGGCUGCGGCCUGCAGGAGCCCGGCCGCUUGGCCAACGGUGACGCCAACGGCAGCAGCUGUGAGGAGAUGGCGCCGGACGAGACGAAGGCCUGGGCCUGCCAGCGCUGCACCCUCCACAACACGCCCUCGGCCAACUCAUGCUCGGCAUGCGGGGGGCCGCGCAAACUCUCGCUGCCCAAGAUCCCACCCGAGGCCCUGGUGGUGCCCGAGGUAAUGACGCCCGUCGGCUUCCAGCUGCCGUCGGGCCCUCCAACCCCGGCCGCACCCCAGCUCAGCGACCCGCCCGAGAGCGACCCAUCGCCCGCACGCCACGCAGCCAUCGACCCUGACAGCCCCAGGUCCCCGGUGCUCAGCCCGCUCUCUCCCUUGGUGCAGAACAACCCGGUGCCCCGCAGCCGCAGGGAGGUGCCGCCAGCCGCCAAACCCAAGCCCCCGCCGGCGGACCCCACUGCCCAGCCCGCUCCCAGCUCGUCGGCCCCCGCCGCCAGGGCCACGGCCCAGGGACAGGUCAAACCCACCGCCAAGCUGCAGGAACUGUUCUGCACCAAGAGGCUGAGCAUUCUGGACGAGGAGAUGGAGGUGUCGCCCAGCCAGUGGAAGUGUACGUCCUGCUCCCACGUCAACUCCGCCGCCCUGGCCAAGUGUGAAGCCUGCAAGGUGGCCAGAGCCGGAGACAUCAUUGACCUCACCGGAGACUCGGUCAGAUUCACCCCCUUCAGCCCCUCCAGCCCAGACUUCACCGUAUGGACCUGCUCCAAGUGCACUCUGAAAAAUCCCACCGCCGUCCAAAAAUGCACUGCCUGUUGUACGUCCAAGCUGCACGGUUUCCAAGAACACGGUCACGGCGAGCGAGGACCCAGGUGCCCCGAGUGCAGCGUGGAGAGGGCUGUGAGCGCGUCCGCCUGCCCCGCAUGUGGGAGCCGGGCGGCAGCCGCACGCAAGCCCAUCAAACUCUUACCCGUGCAGCAGCCCUGCUCCCGGGAGAAGCCCAACGAGUGGUCCUGCCCCGCCUGCACUCUCCUCAAUGACUUGAAGGCAAAACAUUGUGCAGCUUGCCACACUCCACAGCAGUACCUGACGCUGAGGAAAGGCUCCAAGCCAUUGAAGAGGAGGGAGAGCAUUCUGGUGGAAGCACGGAGGAAGACCGACGAGGGCGAGGCCAAGGAGUUGUGGGAGAACAUUGUGAAGUUCUGCCAGGAGAACCAUGUGAAUUUUGUGGACGACAGCUUUCCGCCGGGCCCGCAGUCGGUGGGCUUUCCUGACGGAGACAGCGUGCAGCAGCGGGUGAAGCAGUGGCUGCGGCCCCAUGAGAUCAACUGCACCACUUUCAAAGACCGCAACGUCAAGUGGUCCAUCUUCAGGACGCCGCGACCCUCCGACAUCUCGCAGGGGCUGCUGGGCAACUGCUGGUUUCUGAGCGCUCUGGCCGUGCUGGCUGAACGGCCCGAGCUGGUGGAGAGGGUGAUGAUCACUCGUGCCCUCUGCCUGGAGGGGGCCUACCAGGUACGGCUGUGCAAGGACGGCACAUGGAUAACCGUGCUGGUGGAUGACAUGCUGCCCUGCGAUGAAUACGGUUACCUCCUCUUCUCUCAGGCGCAGAGGAAGCAGCUGUGGGUGGCGUUGAUCGAGAAGGCUCUGGCCAAGCUGCACGGCUCCUACUUUGCGCUGCAGGCCGGCCGGGCCAUCGAGGGGCUCGCCACCCUGACCGGUGCCCCGUGCGAGAGCCUGAUGCUGCAGGUCAGUUCCACCAACCCCCGCGAGGAGCCCAUCGACACCGACCUCAUCUGGGCCAAGAUGCUGAGCUCCAAGGAAGCUGGAUUUCUGAUGGGGGCUUCUUGCGGAGGUGGCAACAUGAAAGUCGACGACACGACGUACGAAGCCACGGGCUUGCGGCCUCGCCACGCCUACUCCAUCCUCGACGUCAGAGACGUGCAAGGCUACAGGUCACUUGACCUCAGUCACGAGGCUCAUGCACGAGUUUCUGGUCCUGAGCUGCUGUCUCCGCUCAGGCUGCUGAGGCUGCGGAAUCCUUGGGGCCGAUUCUCGUGGUGCGGCAACUGGUCGGACGAUUGGCCGCACUGGCCGCAGCACCUGCGGCACGAGCUGAUGGCACACGGCAGCAGCGAGGGCGUCUUCUGGAUCGAGUACUCCGACUUCAUCAAGUAUUUUGAUUCCGUUGACAUCUGUAAGAUUAACUCUGACUGGCACGAGGUGCGACUGAUGGGGACGUUCCCGAACCGAACAAACGGCCCGGUGACGGUGACGGCACUGACGGUGCUCGAGCUCACUUUCCUGGAGUUCCAGCUCUUCCAGGAAGGCAGCAGGCGCUCGGACACGUCGGACAGCCACCUGCUGGACCUGUGCAUCAUGGUGUUUCGAGCUUCCUUCUCCAGCGGCAACAAGCUGGCCCUGGGCAGGCUGAUGGCGCACAGCAAGCGGGCGGUGAAGAAGUUUGUGGGUUGCGACGUGGCGCUGGAGCCCGGGGAGUACGCUGUUGUGUGCUGCGCCUUCAACCACUGGCAGAUGUCCAUGCCCGGCCUGCCCUCUCCGUCGCCUUCACUGUCCCCGGCAGCAGGAGUUGCCAGCCCAACCAGCAAUAGCCGCAGCUUCCCAACAAAGUAUUCCUAG